AUGGAGAGACUUAAAAAGGAUGAGUCCUGGGACUCCAGACUGAUAGAAGCCUGGCAAUGUGAAGGCACAUUAGAAUGGCAGCAAGGAAAUCAGAAGAAAGAUUUAAGGCAAGUCAUAAUUAAAAGCAAGAAAAACCCUGUGGAGGAUUGUAGUGAAACUGGGGAGAGUUCAAACCCAAUUCAACAUCGCAACAUUUACUCAGUGAAAAAGCCUUGGAAGUGCAAUGAAUGUGGGAAGUCUUUCAGUUACUAUUCAGCCUUUAUCCUACAUCAGAGAAUUCAUACUGGAGAGAAGCCUUAUGUAUGUAACGAGUGUGGAAAGGCCUUUAGUCGGAGCUCAUCACUUAUUCAGCAUCAGAGGAUUCACACUGGAGAGAAACCCUAUGAGUGUAACGAAUGUGGGAAGGCUUUCAGUCAUCGCACAUACCUUAUUCAACAUCACAGAAUCCAUACUGGAGAGAAACCCUAUAAAUGCAAGGAAUGUGGGAAAGCUUUCAAUGACACUUCAUCCCUUAUUAAACAUCAAAGGGUUCAUACUGGAGAAAAACCCUAUGGAUGUACAGAGUGUGGGAAAGCCUUUAGUGACAGGUCGGGCCUGACCCAACAUCAGAGAACUCAUACAGGGGAAAAGCCAUAUGAAUGCAGUGAAUGUGGGAAAGCUUUCAGUUACUGUUCAGCUCUUAUACAACAUCAAGGAACCCAUACUGGGGAGAAACCUUACAAAUGUAAUGAAUGUGGGAAAGCCUUCAGUGACCGCUCAGCUCUUGUAAGACAUCAGAGAAUUCAUACCGGAGAGAAACCUUACAAAUGUAAAGAAUGCAAGAAAGCCUUCAGCCAGAGCUCAUCUCUUACAAAGCAUCUGAGAACUCAUACUGGAGAGAAACCGUAUAAAUGCAAUGACUGUGACAAAGCCUUCAGCCAGAGUUCAUCUCUUAUUCAACACCAGAAAACCCAUACGGGAGAAAAACACUACAAGUGUAAGAAAUGUGAGAAAACCUUUAGUGUGCGUUCAGCCUUUCAUCAACACAAAGAAAUUCAUGAUGGAUAG